AUGGCAGCAUUCACCAAUGAAAAGAUUUACCAUCACCCCACUAAGAGGCAUGUGGAUUUACCACCCAUGGACUUGUUGACGCUCUUAUUUGAUUCCGAUCACUCUGCUGCCGAGGAAGACACGGUCGUGCACGUCGAAGCCGCGGACCCAGAAAACAAGAUCACCAAAUCUCAACUUCGUACUCUGGUGGAGCAAAUGGCUCAUGGACUUCGACACAAGUACAAGAUUGGGUCAGAAGGUCCAAACAAAGACACCGUAACGGUGAUCAGCCAUGGUCAAAUUCUUGCUCCAGCAAUUCUGUAUGCCAUCAUUGCAGCUGGAGGUGUCUACUCUGCCGCCAGUCCUUCUUCUACCGUAUCCGAACUGGCGAGACAGGUCAAGAUUGGGAAAUCCAGUCUGAUCAUUUGUGGAGCGGAGCACAUCGAAGUUGCUUCUCAAGCCGCGAAAGAGUGUGGUAUUUCCCUUCGUAACGUAGUCUGCCUGGAUUCUACCAAGGGAGCUUGGAAGUUGGAGAGUGUAGAAGGCAAUGUGAAUGCCAUUUCGCGGYAGAAGCUCAAGUGGCGCAAGAUCUUCGACCCCAAGCUGUUAAAAGAUACAACGAUCGUGAUUCUGUGGAGCUCAGGAACCACAGGCUUACCAAAAGGUGUCAUGAUCUCUCACACGAAUCUGGUUGCGGAGACGUACAUAACGGCAUUGGCUGGGCGUGAAUGGGCGGCAAAACAAGUCGAAGCUGGAACUUUCGAGCCCAAGGAGAUUACCACACUCGCUCAUCUUCCCAUCAGUCAUAUCGCAGGGCUAUUCGGAUAUCUAGUCGGUCCAAUUUACUCUGGAGGGACCGUGUAUUGGAUGCGAAAGUACGAGUGGAAAACGAUGCUCAAGCACCUUAAAGACUACAAAUUCUCGACGUUCUACACCGUGCCGUCUAUCUGGCUCAGGAUCAGCAAGUCGUCAGAGAUUACAGACCACUUUUCAAAUGUCGAGGGUGCUUCCACUGGAGCUGCGCCGAUGGACACUCAUCUUCAAAAGGCAGCGAACGCCAGAGUGGGUGACGGUAAGAGCCAAUUUAUUGGUCAGACCUGGGGCCUCAGUGAGACCACUGGUGCUGUGACUGCUAUGCCCAAGGGCGAGACGGAUGAUACGGGAAGCAUCAGUCCAAUCCUGCCUGGCGUUGAGCUUCGACUGGUCGACGAGAACUUCAAUGACGUCGAGCCUGGACAAGAAGGAGAAUUGCUAGUCCGCUCGCCCUUGGUCACUCAAGGAUAUUACGACAACCCCGAGGCUACGAAAAAUUCAUUCCACGGAGACUGGUUCUUAACUGGAGAUGUCGCGAUUCUACGAGAUGGGAAAUUCUACAUUGUUGAUCGCAAAAAGGAAAUUUUGAAAUUCAAAGGUCAGCAGCUUUCACCAGCCGAAAUUGAGGGGGUGCUCUUCACGCAUCCUCAGAUCAAGGAGGCUGCAGUAGUGGGUGUCCCGGCGGUGGAUGAUCCAACAUCGGAUUUGCCUCGAGCAUAUGUCGUUGCAGCAGAUCCUCGGAAGAUUACCGAAGACGAGGUCAAGGAAUACGUCAAAGCACGCCUUGCACCGUACAAGCAACUGCGAGGUGGAGUUGUGUUUGUCGAUGAGAUCCCAAAGAACGCGAUUGGUAAAUUCUUGAGACGGGAGCUGAGAGAAAGAGCUAAGAAGGAAUGGAGGACUUCGAAGUUGUAG